GGGUUUACUAAAAUUUAAAACUCUUAGUCUUUGGGGAUCUGGGGUCCCGAAAGCGUCUUGCUGUUGUUGCGCUGUCAGAACAGUUUGCACACGUUUUGUUGGCUUUUCUUUGGUUCUUGUUGUCUGUUAGCGCUGAGGUUGUGUGCUUGUAGCUUUGAGUUUUUGUGUGAGAGCUGGAGGAGCAUCAUGGCGCGAUGUUUCUGAACUUUCUACCUUCUUAUGUUCCCUCUUCAGUCGUCCAAACUGUAAAAAUGAGUAAUCCCGAAGAAACCAAAGGGACCACAACCCCACAUGUCGUCAAAGAAGAGCUCAUGGCAUCAGGGAACUGGGUGAAGCUGGAGAAGACCACCUACAUGGAUCCAGCAGGAAACACAAGAACAUGGGAGACGGUGAAAAGGACCACACGGCAGAAGAACACAGAGGCAGACGGGGUGGGAAUCAUCGCCGUGCUGAAGCGGACUCUCCACAAAGACUGCAUGGUGAUGGUGAAGCAGUUCCGCCCUCCUCUGGGAUGCUGCACCCUGGAGUUCCCUGCAGGACUGAUCGAUGAAGGGGAAACUGCAGAGAUGACGGCUCUGAGGGAGCUGAAGGAAGAAACUGGCUACAGAGGCGAAGUAGUGGGGGUCACUCCAGUGACCUGCCUUGACCCCGGCCUGUCCAACUGCACAACUCAGAUCGUGCUGGUCAACAUCAACGGAGACGAUGGGGAGAACAUCCACCCGACACAGGAGCUGGGAGACGGCGAGUUUGUUGAAGUUAUCCUUUUACCGCUUGACGAAAUCCAGACAAAGAUUAACGAUCUGCUGCAGAAAGAGAAAAUAAUGGUGGAUUCUAAAGUGUACAUCUUUGCCAUGGGGAUGGCUCAAGCCUUCUUUAAACCCAGGGAACUGCCUGUUCUGAAACAGUGAAAGAGGAAAGAGCAAUGGCCUCUGCUGACCACUGGAGUGUUCCAAGUCCUAAUUACGAAUCCAUUUGUGUAGAAAAGUAAAUGCUCUAAAAAUGAUUUCCGUGCCAACAGAGGGGAAAUAUAAAACUUAAACUUGCAUUUUAAGUUUGUAGUCUGCUGGUUUUGAAGCUAAGAAUGUUUAAACAAUUAUUUCUGUGCCAAAAGAGGAAAAUUUCAACCGAAAUUUGGUCGAAUUUAAAUCUGUAUCACAAGUUUGCAGUGUUGUGGUUUCGAAGCGGACGAAUGUUCAAAGCAUUGUUUCCAUGCCAACAGAUGAAAAGUGAAAUGGGGAAUUUUUUUAAUCCAAACUUAAUUUAGUGCGGUGGCUUUGAAGCUAACUUAUGUCCCAAAAAAUGAUUUUCGUGACAACAGAAUGAAGAAAACUUUGAUUUGUUUUGAAGCUGAUGAACGUGAAAAACAUUUAACAGAUUUAAACAAAAUUUUGGUUAAAACUAAAAUGUAAAUCUCACAUUUGCAGAGUUAGAAGCUGACAAACGUGUAAACAAUUAUUUUAAUGCCAACGGAGGAAGAUUUAAAAGAGAAAUUCGCUGAAUUUAAGUUUGUAUCAUAAGUUUGUAGUCUUGUUGUAUCGAAGGUAACGAACAUUCAAAACGUUGUUUCAGCAGAGAAAGAGCUCAACAUUACAUGUGAUUAACUGGACCAAGUUUAGUUUUCUUUGCCGUCAGUCUUCAACUGAGACAUUAUCUGUGCAUUCCUUUGACUUUUUCUGUUGUUUAAUGUUUACACUAAUAAAAACUAAUAGUUGACCCAUUAGAAGUAUUUUUCCUUUAAAUAUUCUGCUAAUGUUGUUCAUGAAAUAUACAAAACAAAAGCAAGCAGUAUUUAGGUAAAGACAUUUUAGUUUUCAUUUGACUGUUACCUAGGCUUUAUGAUGAAUGAAGAAAGUUACACGAAAAGAAUAACUAGUUAAAGCAACGGUGAGUAAAGUACAUUUACAUUUAAGUAACUUUUGUUUUUGGAAAAAACAAAAAAGGUCAACACAAAGGGUAGUUUUUUUCUUUUGCUUACAUUUUAGCCCUUUUGUAUGCAUAUGUGGGAUGUCGGGUUGUGAAUUUCGACAGAAGCUGAUUUGCUGUAAAAGCAGUUUUGUCCAACUGUAUUCUGUCUUUUUUCUUGUUCUGUUGGAAAGUUCAUGCAGUUUUCAUCCUACAUUUUAAGCUUACUUUGAUUCAUGAAUUCUUAAGAAAACAAUGAGCACAUCUAAAACGAUAAAAGUUGUCUUUUUCGAGUGCUGCUGAUUUACUGUAUUCAAAGUUAGAACUGCUGAGCUUUAAGCAACAUGGUACAAUGAACUUUCCUCCUGUUCUCCAUGUAGUAACUAGAAAGUACUGACUGUUGAAUAAAGUGUGCCUUUGGUUUAAAA